AUGUGGUGUCGCUACUCCAAGAGGCGCAGCUCGCGUACAGUCAGCACCCGGGACCCACCGGGGAGCCACCCGCAUCACCCGCACCACCCGCACCCCCAUCACCACCACCACCACCCGCACAACUCGCCGCACGUCCACCGCUACGACAUGAGCGCGCUGCAGUACAGCCCCAUCUCGAACUCACCGAGCUACAUGAGCGGCUCACCCCCAGGCUACGGGGGGCUCACCGGCUACACGCACCCGCACCAGAACUCGGGCGUGCACUCUCCCGUGUCCGGGGGCACGCACGGCGGGACUUUGGGGUCCCUCGUGAAGUCCGAGCCCAACGUCAGCCCCCCGGUUCCUACGACGCGCGCGCCUCCCGCCUGCCCCACCGGGGACCUGCGGGAUAUGAUCAGCAUGAUUUUACCGAAACGGAGAGCCGGCGGAGAGUCGUCCGUGCAGGGCAGACUGAACGUGCUGCACGCGCAGCACUACCAGAGCCCCCAGGGGACGAGCGUGCACGGGACCCUACCUUUGACUCAUAUUUAAAAGACGGAAAAAGCGGAGAAAUGGUGGAAGUACAGUAAUUUAUAAUGACCGUAACGUAACCGAAUGGUUGAAUUCGGUGUUAUUAUAAAAGUGCCUGCUUUGGUGCAGACUGUGGAAUGUAUUAUUUUUUUUUUUGUUGGUACAUAGAAUGAUGUUGGGACUCACUUCUUUAAAAUAUAACGAAUAGGCCUAAUAUACAUUUUAUUUGAGGAUUUAAGUCUGGAUUAGACUCUAUCUAUGGCCGGGCAGAUGUUGUUCACCCUGGAACUGAGAAGGUCGAUGCCAAGUUUGUAAACGAGUCCUAUCCUGCUUUGGAUUCUUCUGGGAUUUAUAUUUUCUUCGUGGAACUCAAAGUCCCGCCAUCUUUAAAAACCAAUGAAAUGUUUGAGGAUAAUGUUGUUCCACCAGUCAGUAAGUCAGUCAGCUUGAACGUGAGCGUGUUUCACAGCAAAUUCCUAUUUAAAAAAUAAUUUCAAAGUUAUGCUUGCAAACAUGUAGGUCAGUGUUAUAUGGAUUGUUUAGUUGUUGUAAAAUGAUGUUAAUUGUGAAUAAAUAGGCUUAUUGGCUGCAGAAAGAAACUUCGUAGUUCAAAAUGUUUAUGAUUGCUUGCGCAUCGGUACCAACACUGGGUGUAGAGGGUGGGCCCUUUGGAGUUACUCAACCAGCCAUCGUCCAAGAAAUAACAUGUUUGACAUUUUUGACCAUCCUUCCAAACGUUCAUUCAGUUUAAAAAAAUCUCACAACUAUGAUUGAACGAAUUUCUAUUAAAUUUAUCUAGGCCUAUAUUUUAUUUAAUAAAACUUCAAGAGGAAAACGUUUUAUUAAGGCCCCAGUUGAAGCGCCAUUAAACCCACAUAUGCAGGAAGAGAUUCGGCGAAAAAUAUCGCGUGACAGCAGCCGUAGCGCGUGGGCUCCACAUGUAGGCUACAUACAUGUCACUGUGUCGACACAGGAUUAGACAUAUCGCGAGAUAUCAGGCGGUGCUCAGUCUGUAUACAUAUAUAUUUAUAGGCCUGCAUAAGGUCCCGCUGAAUUAUAUUGUCUUGUUUUAAUUAGGCCACAUUGAUCAUGUUAUUGUUUUGAAUUAUGUUACAAUCAAUCAUGAAUAUAAUAGAUAAUUGUAUAAAGAAAACGGGACGAUUUGAAAGCUGGAUUUAGUGCAUAUUUUGCUUAUUCUUAUUAUUUAUUAAAUUGUUAUGUUUGGCCUUUCAGGCCUAAAUAGCAUAGGGCCAAGUUUAGGCCAUAGGAACUCCGGAUAUGCCCUUAUUUAUAUCGAUAACUGUGCCCCCAGACUGAUCAUUUUAAACUUCUGCUGGAGUUGGAAAAAAACAACCGACAUAUCGCAAGAGUGAGAGCAUUUCACACCUUUCGUUUGCUAAAUUCGGGCAGAAUUGACAUUUUUCUUUCGUAAUGAUCAACUUGAUAAUAGUCAUAUUGUCAAACAUUUGUACUCUUGUACUUUGGCACUGUUCUACUUUUUCUGUUAUUAUUAAAUCAGAAAUAAUCAUAAUUAAUAGGGAUGAUUGUACUA